GCAAAAGCCCAGCUCCGAUUACCCAGUCGACCCUUGCGCCCUUGCCCUGCUUCGGAAUUUGCUGCUCAUUAUUAAUUACAGAGACUGCCCCAGGGUCCAGCUCACCCGGCGUCUUUUUCCUGCAUUUCCUCGUCUCCCACCUUUCACCGCGCAGCAGUCGGCCCAACACCUCGGAAACGCCCCAACAAUCCAUAGGCGGCGCCUUCAACUAAGAGGACAGAACUAGACGGACCAGGCCGUCGCCUAGCUGAUCCUCGAACGGCCUAGCCCAACGAUAGCUGACCAGGGAGCUCUGAGCUUCAGCCUCGGGGUUUUUUUUUCGUCUUGUUUGUCCUGGUGUUUCUUGUUGUUCAGACGCAGACGCAGACGCACAAGCACAAAAGGCAAAUAUCCAAUCCGAACAGGCACAGCUUCUCCGCAUCCAUACCCCUUGCAGCGAGCUGGGUUUGCCUGGCAUGGACUCCAACGCAACCAGCUUCGCCUCGCCGCUGGCGAGCCCGCAGAAUGGCAACCUCAACAUUCCCCUGCAACUCGAAUAUGUCGUUGGCGCAAUCUCCCAAGCCAGCAUCUGGACUGUCCUGUGGACUGUCCUGGCCAUUGCGGUCGUCUAUGACCAAGUCAGCUAUCUCCGCCAGAAGGGCUCAAUCGUUGGCCCGUCAUGGAAGGCUCCGUUCAUUGGACCCUUCCUGCAAUCCAUGAACCCCAAAUUCUCCGAAUACUAUGGAAAAUGGCUGAGCGGCGACCUGAGCUGCGUUUCGAUCUUCCACAAGUUUGUUAUUAUCGCUUCCACCCGAGACAUGUCCCGCAAGGUUUUCAACUCGCCAACCUUUGUAAAGCCUUGUGUUGUGGACGUCGCGCCUAAGCUUCUGGGAGCGGACAACUGGGUGUUCCUCGACGGCAAGCCUCACGUCGACUUCCGCAAGGGCCUGAACGGGCUGUUCACACGCCAGGCCCUCGAAUGCUAUCUCCCCGGCCAAGAGGACGUGUACAACCGCUACUUCAAGAAGUGGGUAAAGGCUACCAAGGAUGCCGGUGAUAAGCCCGUGCCCUGGAUGUCUGAGUUCCGAGAGAUCAUCACUGCCGUGUCCCUGCGGACAUUCUGCGGCCACUACGUGUCCGACGAGGGUGUCAAGAAGAUUGCGGAUGAUUACUACCUGAUUACCGAGGCCUUGGAACUGGUCAACUUCCCCUUCAUCAUCCCGUUCAGCAAGACCUGGUACGGCAAGAAGGCCGCAGAUAUGGUACUUGCAGAGUUCUCAAAGGCUGCUGCCAAGAGCAAGGUCCGCAUGAACGCCGGCGGCGAGGUCUCGUGCAUCAUGGACGGCUGGGUCAAGAGCAUGGUGGACUCCCGCAAGUGGCGCGAGGCCGAAGCCCGGGGCGAGAAGCUCCCCAAGCCAACGCCGCUGCUGCGAGAAUUCUCCGACUACGAGAUUGCCCAGACCAUCUUCACCUUCCUCUUUGCUUCUCAGGAUGCGACCAGCAGCGCUGUCACAUGGCUCUUCCAGAUCAUGGCUCAGCGGCCCGAUAUUCUCGACCGCAUCAGGGAGGAAAACCUGGAGACCCGCAAGGGCGACAUCCACGCGGCCCUGACCUUGGACGAGCUCGAUUCGAUGAAGUACACCCGCUCCGUUGUCCGUGAGCUGCUUCGAUACCGGCCUCCCGUCCUGAUGGUGCCUUACCUCGCCAAGAAGGAUUUCCCCAUCACCGACACCUACACCGUUCCCAAGGGCGCCAUGGUCAUCCCGUCGACGUACCUGUCGCUGCGGGACCCUGAGGUGUACGAGCGCCCCGAUGAGUUCGACCCCGAGCGCUACUACACAGGCGAUGCCGAGGAGAAGGGCGCAAAGAACUGGCUGGUCUUCGGCACUGGCCCUCACUACUGCCUCGGACAGCAUUACGCCAUGUCCAACCUGGCCCUCAUGAUCGGAAAGGCCUCGCUCCUGCUGGACUGGAAGCACCACCCAACACCAAGGUCCGAGGAGAUCAAGGUCUUUGCCACCAUCUUCCCCAUGGACGAUUGUCCCCUGACCUUUGAGGACAGGAAGGCGUAAGAAGAGGUUGGUAGAAGUUGCAGAGCAAUCUAAAAGACGUGAGCAUGAUGCGGCUGGUAUAAUGGACCUACCAGCGUGACCGCACGAUUCUAGACGUGUUAUGACACAGUUUAAUAACUUUUAAUACCGUAUAUAAUUUUCAACCCCCUAGCUUCUGGAGCACGCACCCAGGUUGCCAGGGACCUAAGCUCUUAUAGCAACACUCCCUCUCCGAUUGGCAUGGUCCGGGAUUGGAUCCCCCCUCACAAGGCAUUGGUCGACAUUACAUUAGUCUUUAAAUGCAUCCAUUCACCUAG